UUCCGACGCGUUACAUGAAGUAGUCACGUUUUGGUUGCCCCAAACAGUUUGAUCUCGCUUCUGACAGAGGGAAAACUGGGACUGAAAUUAAAAAUAAAAAUGGCGGCUGUCGGAUUAAGAAAUCGCCGUGUUUUGAAACUGUUAUUGAAUCCAUGGUUCAGGCGCUCAAAGGUAAAGCGUUUUGUGACAGCAGGAUUAGAGUUGGAGGAUUCUAGUAGCGAUAGAACCCUGUCUUGGCAAGAUGAAGAGGCCAGUCAUGUACAAGGAGCACAUCAACUCUAUGAAUCCCAUGUCCCUACUUCUAAGAUGCAAAAGGUGUUACUAACAGCAGGCUCUGCCUUUAUGGCAUUGUAUGAUCCAACAAGAGCAGACAUGGUGGCAACAGUUGGAGAAACAACAGGACUUCUUGCACUUAAAAAUAUGCACCAUAGAAUGAUGCAAGAUCCAGCUGGACAAGAAAUAUUGCAAGAACGUCCUCGCAUUAAUUCAUCCUUAAUUGACUUUGACAAACUCCGACAACUUCCAGAUGGAUUGUUUGGACGAGAAUACGUCAGAGGGAUGGACCUUCAUAGACUUACACCUGAUGGUAGAGAUGAGGUGAAGUUUGUUGAUGACAAAGACCUUGCAUAUGUUAUGCAAAGAUAUCGAGAAGUUCAUGACUUUGUUCACACUCUUGCUGGUCUCUCAAUCAGUGUUCCUCAUGAAAUAGCUGUCAAGUGGUAUGAAAUGGUUCAAACAGGACUCCCAAUGUGUGCAUUGAGCUCAUUUGUUGCACCUAUCAGGUUAACAUCACGAGAGCGGGCCAAUCUGCGGAAAUAUUACAUCCCUUGGGCUGUAUACUGUGGAUAUCAAUCCAAGUUCUUUAUGAAUGUUUACUUCGAGAAACAUUUUGAGAAACCGAUAAAUGACUUGCGGCAAAGAUUGAAUUUUGUUCCAGCUCCAAAAAUACAAAGGCAAAUACCAUGAAGACAUUCUUGUGAAACAUACUAGUAACAAAUAGCGGGAAAAAAAAUCUUAUUGUAAAUAGUUUAAUUAAAGAAGCAAUAAGGAUUAUGUCUGUGGAAA